UCCCCCCCUCUACUUUUAGAAGAGAAAGUUUGCAUUCCUCUUCCAAUUCUGUCAAAUAAGGGGUUAUCUUAUUUCGUGUAACUAAAUUUUCUUCAUUUUACUCAAGAUAGGCAUCCUAUGGAAUCUUUAUACAUUCCAUUGAUGUGUAAAUAAAUUCCGAUAUCAUGACAACCAGGACAGUUUUAUAUUUAGGUGAUACUGCAAACAGAUGUUUCUUUACGACUGUACAAUACUGUCGACCAAAAUUCCAAACAGUACAAUACAGACAAAUAAGAAGUUUAAGAAAGUCGCAAAUUUCUUUGAAACAAGAGUCUCCUUUUUUCAAUGUUUCUGUCGAAGCUGGAACUCCACAGCCUGCAAGAUUGUGGAAGCAUCUUGGUUUUACUAUAAUGUUUAGCGGAGCCACCAUGGUGGGUGCUGCAAUUUUGGAGUAUGAACGUAUCAGAAGCCAAGCAUAUAAAAUGAUUCACCGUUAUAAGCAAUUUCGGAUUAAUCAUACAGGAUGGAGAGGUGAAAUGGAGGCAUGGUGGAGAAACUUGAAAGAAGGAGAAAAGAUGUUCAUGCCCAUGUGCUUUUUAAAUGUAAUUGUAUUCUUAGCUUGGCGGGUACCGGCAUUGCAGAAAUCGAUGGUGCGCUAUUUUUGCGCCAAUCCUGUAUCUAAUGUGUCAUAUUGGUCUAUGGUACUUUCUACCUUCUCACAUUACUCCAUAUUCCAUCUGGCUGCAAACAUGUAUGUGUUACAUAGCUUCAGUGCAAUAGCUGUGUCAUCAUUGGGGAGAGAACAAUUUUUGGCUCUAUAUUUAUCAAGCGGAGUGAUAUCCAGUUUUGCUAGUCAUGUAUAUAAAACUAUGUUUAAUGCGCCAGGUCUUUCUUUAGGAGCGUCAGGAGCAAUCAUGGGUGUGCUUGGAUUUGUCUGUACACAAUAUCCCGAUAUACAACUUAAUAUCAUUUUUCUUCCUAUGCUCACUUUUACAGCGGGUAUGGCAAUUAAAGGAAUAAUGGCCCUAGAUGUAACCGGUUGCUGUUUAGGAUGGAAAUAUUUUGAUCAUGCUGCACAUUUAGGUGGUGCAUUAUUUGGCAUAUUUUGGCAAGUUUGGGGCAAUGCUAAUAUUUGGCAAAAACGUGAACCACUUUUGACCCUUUGGCAUGGCUUCCGAGAACCUCGGAGAUCACAAUGAUAAUCUAGAUAUAAAUUCUUAUCUAUUAUAUUGUUUAUGAUAGUCUAUUAUGUGCAAAUUAUAGUUUCUAUCGUCAAUAACAAUUUUAUUAAAUGUGAAAAUUUCAAUAUAUAUAACAUAUUUGUAUUA